GAGUGAAUGGUAAUCGAAACGGAGUUACCUGUAUAGCCAGCCUGCUCAGGUAUCUAUUUUUCUCUGCCCAGGUUGAACGUUUGUGAAGCUGUUUCUCUUUAUGACCCUCGACAGAAACGACAAUGAAUACAAUCUGCGUGGUAUGAGCAACCCUAUGGGCGUCAUGAGGAAGAAAGUGACAGACGACAGAGAGCGGCGGAGUCUCAUCAGAGCGCCGUCUGAAUCGAGCACCAAUAACCCUGGUGUUACAGUCACCUCUGCCGCCGGCGAACCGGAGCUGGCCGCCGACCAGGAUGUCACACCGGUAUUCGUGUACGUCUUGGCGUUUUUUUCUGCCCUGGGUGGCUUCCUUUUUGGCUAUGACACCGGGGUGGUCUCUGGGGCUAUGCUUCUCCUGAAAAAAGAAAUGCAUUUGACCACUCUAUGGCAGGAGUUGUUGGUCUCCAGUACUGUGGGUGCAGCGGCGCUCUCUGCCCUGGCUGGCGGGACUCUGAAUGGGCUCUACGGGCGCAGGAUCUGCAUACUAAUGGCCAGCUUCAUUUUUACUGCUGGAGGAGUUGUGUUAGGUGCUGCUCCAAACAAGGAGGUUCUUCUUGUUGGAAGGAUUACAGUUGGCUUGGGAAUAGGGAUUGCCUCCAUGACGGUUCCUGUUUACCUUGCGGAGGUCUCCCCACCACACCUGAGGGGUCAGCUGGUCACCGUUUACACCCUCUUCAUCACAGCCGGACAGUUUAUUGCCAGUGUUGUGGACGGGGCCUUUACUUACCUUCACCACAACGGCUGGAGGUACAUGUUGGGUCUGUCCAUUGUCCCUGCAGUGCUCCAGUUCUCUGGUUUCCUCUUUCUGCCAGAGAGUCCCCGUUGGCUCCUUCAGAAGGGCCUUACCCAGCAGGCCAGGCAGGUGCUCAGCAGGAUCCGUGGGGGUCAGAACAUUGAAAAGGAGUAUGACAGCAUGAGGACCAACAUUGAGGAUGAGGAGAAGGAUGCAGGAGGUGGCCUAGUAUUGUGGCGUAUGCUGACUCGCCCUCCCACACGCAGAGCCCUGACCGUAGGCUGCGGCCUGCAGAUGUUCCAACAGCUCUCUGGGAUCAACACUGUCAUGUACUACAGCGCCACCAUCCUACAGAUGGCGGGGGUGAGGGACGACAAGCAGGCCAUCUGGUUGGCUUCCGCCACCGCCGCCACCAACUUCCUGUUCACCCUGGUGGGGGUGUGGCUUGUGGAAAGAGUCGGACGCAGGAAGCUUACGCUGGGAAGCUUAAUAGGUACUGCUUUGAGUCUGACGGUCUUGGCUAUAGGGUUCCUGUUAUCAGCCCAGCACUCCCCUGCAGUCACUCUCCACCCCACUGACACCACUCUCAACUCCACCUCCUGCACACUAUAUGGGUCCUGUGAGCCCUGCAUGUUGGAUCCUGGCUGUGGGUUCUGUUACCGUGAGAACGGUUCCACUGUAUACGACUCUUCCUGCAUACCUGUCAACCAAACAUCGACUGAUGAAGCCGCCUGGGGCAGGUGUUCCAAUCUGAGCCAGGUCAGUGAUGGGUCUCUCUGGGCCUAUAACUACUGCCCCACUUCCUACUCCUGGAUAGUGCUGCUUGGGCUCAUCCUCUACCUGGCUUUCUUUGCUCCAGGUAUGGGGCCCAUGCCGUGGACAGUGAACAGUGAGAUUUACCCUCUGUGGGCCAGGAGCACUGGGAACGCCUGUUCAGCCGGAGUCAACUGGAUCUGUAACGUCCUGGUGUCACUCACCUUCCUCCACGUCGCUGAGUACCUCACCUACUAUGGUGCGUUCUUCCUCUACUCAGGCCUGACUGUGCUGGGGCUGCUGUUUGUGCUGGGCUGUCUGCCAGAGACCCAGGGCCGCAGGCUGGAGGAGAUGGAGGCCCUGUUCUCCGGAAACCUCUGCUCCUGCAGUGCGUCUGACGGGGAUGGGGACAGAUCCAGAAACAUCCUGUACAACAGGGUAAAAGGGAGCGACAUCCUCUCAGACAAUGAUGCCUCAGACAUGGAGUAGACGUGGCACUUCAAGGAACCUCUCUCUCUCUCACACCUUCAUGUCCUUUGGUUGGUGGACUUACAGGCAGUGGUGUUAAACUCACUUGAUGAUUGGGCCUUUAGCAUAUAGCAGCUCUCCUAACUGGCCGGUGGACGAGACUUCAACUGUCCUAACUGGCUGGUGGACGCGACUUCAACUCUCAUAACUGUCUGGUGGACGAGACUUAAAUUAUCCUAACAACAUAGCAUUUGAUUUACUGUAGCUGUGGAUAUCUAUGGUGGAGUUGAAAUACUCAAUUUCGUGUAUUGGUAACUAAAAUUGAUGUUUUGUAAUUUUCUAGCCCCAUAGAGAGUUCAGCCAAGUGCACUAUGGAGUUAAAGCGUAGCAUAUAUAUAUAUAUAUAUAUA